AGUUGGUUGCUAGGUGUGAAUGAAGUGGUGCUUUCUCACAAUUAAGCAGCGCCUCAGUUUACAGGUCGUCCACAACAAAGCAACAACUCGUCCUUUUGUUACGCUGCCCCGGAUAUUCCGAGCUAAAACAUGGCUCUUUAAACUCGUGAAGUAGUCAGACCCGAAAAGAAGACGUGCUUUGCUUUAGCAACGCACCCCCAAGUGCUCUUCAGUUUUCUCUGCAAUAAUGGAGUUUCAUUAUGCUCACCCAGCCCCGCUCUCUGUGGCCCAUCUGUCAGACCCUGCUUGCUCUCAGCAUAUGCUUGGACUUGGACUGAAUCAAAGCACCAAUAGACAAAAUGAUGGCAACAUCAGCUCCUGUUUGGAAGACACUUCGUGUCUGCCCGGCAGACCCCCUCGCUCUCUCUCACCCACAGGCUAACCCCAGCCAAUCACAGGGGUGCAGGGGGGAGGUGUCAGAGGAGAGUCAGCACUUAAUUGGUAAUGGUCUCACUGACUGGAUGACGGAAGAAGUGGAUUUCUCCUCGUACCUCCCAAACCCUCCUUCCCCUCCCUCCUCCACCAAUGCCUCCCUUCCACCUUCACCCCUUCAGAAUGAUAUCCAGGUGCCCUCUGACUUGGAGGUCAUGACCUCUCUGCUGCAAGAGGAACUUGCCCAACUAGAGGACUACUUCCUGUCUGAACCACUGCCAGAGAAAGGGCCGAGGCUGGGAAAAUGCGACAGGGGUCCACUGCCGGCAGGUCCUCAGUCGUUCAGUCAGCUGCCAUAUGCAUCAUACUCUUCAUCCAACCAAUCGGAAUCCAGCCCACUUCUUGUUACCCUGGCAACCGGAGAACUGGACCUGCUGAGUAUCUGUGGCGGGCCCAUUGGGCGAUCCAAAAUUCCAAGACACGCCCCGUACAGCUGCAGUCGCCCCAGUGGGUGUGGUAGGAAAAGAGUUCCUGAUGGUGUUAGGUUCAGUGAAGGCUAUGAUAACAGUUUGUUGAGUUCCAAAGGAAGUAACUCAGGUAACUCAGCCGUGACCCUUACAGGUAACUACGGCUGUGAAGAGGACCAGCAGCUGGUAGGGAAAAGCUACUGUCUGAGUAGUGCAGUUGAGGUCAGAAGAUGUGCCGCUCUACCAAAAGAAGAGAAAAAUUGCUGUUUCAGUCAAGAUGUCAUAGGUGGUGCGAAGGUUGUUGGUGGUGGAUUUGGCUUUGGUGGAUCACUUGAUGUCCCACAUAAGAAAGAGGAUCUGCUGAUGUACAGCAUGAGGGAGGUCAGCGGAGGCACUGGUAACAACGAGGUGCUGAAUAGUAUCAAAGCUAGUGUGGAGGUGACAAAAGCCAGCGUUUCUUGGAAAACAGAGGGCAACGAGGGUUGUUAUCUCCCGGCACCAGCACAGUGUGAGGCCUAUCAUAGCUUCUUAGGCAACAUCAACGAACAGGUGAAAUCAGAGAGUCUACAGAUAGCGCAGCAUGAUUUACACUGUAAUUUCCUGGAGGAUCAGGGCCCAGAGUGUCUUGUAAUGGCUAGGGAGAGUCUGAACUUGGAGUCUUCAGGGCACAGACAAGCGUGCAGGCUGAAGGAAGACCACUGUGCUGUGAAAUAUGAAGCGGACGUCAUUCCAGCUGAAGGGGGUGAGCGCAAACAGAAGAAGAGAGAUCAGAACAAAACUGCCGCUCACAGGUAUCGCCAGCGAAAAAGGGCGGAGCUAGAUUCUUUGGAGGAACAGUUGCAUUGCCUUGAAGGGAGGAACCGGGAGCUCCGAGACAAGGCAGAGUCGGUAGAACGUGAAAUCCAGUAUGUCAAAGACCUGCUGAUUGAAGUUUACAAGGCCCGUAGCCAAAGGCACAAGCAGGGCACAACAGCGUAACACCAAGCUCCUACAAGUACAUUAAAAGAGGGCGCAACAGGGAAAAUGUAUUUGUUUUUUUUUUCAUGGCGGGCGGGUAAAUGCAUGCAUUGCUAAUGUGAAGUAUUUUUUACAUUUUAAAUCAACACUUUAUCCAAUGCUUCCAUUGCUUUCUAUCACUUGAGCCUGCACUGUGGCAUUGCAAUGCUUUAAAUGACAAUCAUUUUUAACAGAUCUCACAAUGCGUUAGUCUACUAACUGAAAUAGGGUCAUUUCUGAAGAGGUAAUGUUUAUUCAUUAUGCAGGUUAAACAUUUUAAGAGCCUUACAUAGGAACUGAUGUCAGCAAUAGUACUUAAUGUUUUUUCUAUUUCAAAUUUUAUUUGAAAUAAAUUGUUGUUGGUGUCAACAUGUAAAACAGCAUCAUUAUUUUAAGCACAUCUUUCAAACCAAAUACUUUUCUAGAGUCUACCCUCCUUUGAACAGCAAAUUAUAUUUUAAUUGCUAUGAAUAUUUUAAAAUAUUAUGUAGUAAUAAUAUUUUUAUUAUUAUUAUUAUUAUUAUUAUUAUUAUAAUGGCGGUUGAAGAUUAUUGGCUUUUACGAAUGCGGAAAGAACCGCUAACAUACAAAGAUUUUAGAAACAAUCAACUUUAGAAAAAAAUAACCAUUUUAAUCAUUUUAAUAUGGUUAAGAAAAAUGUUUUGACAAACUAUUUGAUUGACUUCAGGUUUAGUGCAGCACUAAUUGGUUAUUGGCAUUUGUAUGUUUUGAGAAUAUUUUUUUCCCUUUUCUUUUUGCUGAAGGUCAAACAUCUACAUUUUACCCUGCUUUGUUAAAAACAUUACAUUCUCUUUACCUUUGUUUUAUUUUCCCGAUGUUUGCUUUACUUUUAAUGUAAUAAAACAGUUUGGUUUUUUUUGGCAGCAGCAGUGAUUGCAAAUCAUAGAUUCUGUGACCUAAAGAGAACUAAUUUAUCAUUUAUAUUGUUUUGAUGGUGGAAAGUGACAUUGUAUUGUUUGUGGCAAUCUGUAAACUUUUCUUCUCUUGCAUAUUGCAAAUUAUACAAUCUAUUUUGCAGCUCAGGAUAUGCAAUUUGUCCUCCAGUUUUUAAUGUCAGUGGAUGAUUCAUGGCAGGUAAAAUGAAGUGAAGAUUUCCCUGCUGUUGACAUACAGGUUUUUCUGAUGUAAAAAAGGGUUUCCUUAUGUACAAAUAUUGUAGCUAGUGGAGAUUUAGCAGCCUCCCUCUGCAUGUUUUUCCAUAAACGUAUCUCUCUCUUGGAAUAGAAAAUGUAGUAUUUCAGAACGGGGAUUUUUUUCUCUAAACUGCUUGUUAUGGCAAUAAGUUUUAUAGGCCUCUGGCUGAUCUGCACUAAUUUGUAAGAACUUUUGUAUGUUCAGGGAGUGGAGUGUGUUAGCCUUUUCUUUGUAGAAAAUUUACCGAAGAAAUCCCAUUAGAUUAUCUGUUAAGGCUUUAGCAGCCUUAGCUUUGGUGUAAGAGGAUAAGGUCUAAAUAAUUUUCCAGUUCAUUAGUUGCAAAGCGAUUAACCACUAUUGUUACUGCUAAACAAUGCCGAGGUAGAUUUUUUUUUCUAUGCAUAUUUAUUUUAAGACAAUCUUGGAUAUGAGCGCUGACAUUUAGUGGUUUAUUUAGUUUUAGGCAAGAACUUUGUCACAUUGUUCGACUGCCCUGCGGUGUACUAUCAACUUCGAUGUUAAAAACCAAAAAUGUGUAAUGACAGCACAUUCUAACGCUUUGUAAUUUCAAGUUAAUUUUACCAUAUGCAUAUUUCUUUGUGAUACGUCAACUUUUUUCCUUUCAACAAUAAAGUGUGUCAUCAACUCUG